AUGGCCGACAAAUCGAAAAACAUCUUGAUUAUCGGUGCCGGUACGAUUGGUGCAAGCUGGGCCGCACUCUUCCUCGCUUUCGGUCACUCUGUUCACAUCUACGACAUUCGCAAGGACGUACAAGAUUUUGUACACGAUGAGCUUCAAUUGAUGCUCAAAACAUUACUGCCCGAAUUGUCUGACAGUCGCCGCAAUGUGCUUGUCGGGCGUGUGAUGUACGAACUUCGCUUGGAAGAAGCAGCGGCGAACCCGACUCUGUCGCUCAUUCAAGACAAUGGGCCUGAAAAUAUCGAGUACAAACAAACCUUAUGGGCGAAUAUUGAGAAAGUUGCACCGAAAGAGGCAACAUUCAUCUCCUCCACGUCAACAAUCACAGCUACCAUCCAGUCGAAGUUCAUGCAAGAUCCUACCAGACUCAUUGUGGCACAUCCAUUCAACCCUCCUCACCUUCUGCCGCUCGUCGAGAUUGUUCCAGGCGAGCACCGAGAUGAAAGCCGUGUUGAGGCAUUGAUGGACUUCUUCAAGGGCUGCGAUCGCGAACCAGUGUAUGUCAGGAAAGAGACUGAAGGGUUCAUUGGAAAUAGGCUUGCGUUUCUUCUCUUACGAGAGUCACUUCACCUUGUCGAACAAGGCGUGGUUUCUGCGGAAGAUAUCGACAAGGUCGUAACUUCUAGUCUCGGCAUAAGAUGGUCGAUUGAUGGUCCGUUUAGGAGUUACCAUAUGGGUGGAGGACGAGGCGGUCUGAAGCACUUUCUUACACAUUUGGGGCCUGCCAUCGGUUCGGUGUGGAAAUCGGCCGGAACGCCAGACUUGAGCCCUGAACUGAUCGAGACAGCUGCAAACCAAACACACGAAGCUUAUGGAUCUGUGAAGGAUGAGAUGUUUGAACAACGAGAUAGACUCACAAGGGAAGUUUUGAAGAUGAGAGACGAAACUAGGAGAGAGCACGAGGAGUAUGAAGAAGAAUAUCACUGCAUAUGA